AUGGCGCUCUCCACGUCCGAGUUGCUGACGGAUACAUCAUCUGAAUCCUCGGCUGGAGGACAAUCCGGCGUCACCCCCAUACCAGCCUUCGUCUUUACGGCAGGAUCUGGAUCCCGGCUGUGGGGAGGCACCGCCACCGCGUACCUUCUCCUAUACGUUGAUAACAUCAUCCUGACUGCAUCCUCGCAAGCGCUACUUCAGCAGAUUACAGCUUGCCUCAGCACUGAGUUCGCUCUCAAGGACUUGGGGGCUCUCCACUACUUCCUCGGCAUCGAGGUUGUUCGCCGGGCCACUGGCUUCUUCCUGCAUCAGCAGAAGUAUGCCUACGAGCUUCUGGUGCGAGCUGGCAUGCUUAACUGCAAGCCUGCUCCUACGCUUGUCGACAGGAAUGCUAAGGUGUCCGCCGUCGAGGGUUCUCCGGCGUCUGACGCUCCCUUCUACCUCUCCACCGUCAGUGCUCUUCAGUACCUCAUGCUGACGCGUCCGAAAAUUCAGUUCGCUGUCCAACAGGUGUGCCUUCACAUGCAUGCUCCUCGUGAUACUCAUUGGGCUCUGGUGAAACGUAUUCUCCGAUACAUACGUGGCACCACUGCUACGGGUCUCACCCUGUCGGCAUCACCUGACACCAGCCUUGUCGCCUACUCCGACGCCAAGUGGGUUGGAUGUCCCGUCACUCGACGCUCCACUUCCGGCUACUGCGUCUACCUCGGGCCCUCUCUGAUUUCGUGGUCAUCUAAACGACAACCCACGGUCUCACGAUCGAGCGCCGAGGCUAAGUACAGGGCUGUGGCUAACGCUGUCGCGGAGUGCUCUUGGCUACGACAGCUACUUUAG